AUGGCAAUAGACACAAACGAGGAAGAAGAUGAAAAGGCUUCUGAGGAUCCUGAAGGAGAAUUUAAAGUUCCCGUAAGUGGGAAAGACAAACUACGUAUUUACUACCCUUGGAGAUUCUCAAUUAUAAUUAAACUACUAGGCAAAAAAAUCCUCCACCAAGUUCUCAAAUGCAAACUAAUAGAUCUUUGGAAACCAACUAAAGCUUUCUCCCUAAUCAAUGUUGGUGAACAAUAUUACAUAGUAAAAUUCAACAAAGAGGAGAACUUGGAGAACAUAUUACAAAAAGAGCCAUGGUUUGUCUUUGGCCACUUCCUUUCAGUACAAUGUUCGGAACCAAAUUUUGUUCCCGCUACUGCCAAACAAAUUUUUACUGCAAUUUGGAUCCGCCUACCUCAUCUUCCCACAAAAUUCUAUGAUGAAGAAAUUCUGAAAAAAGUAGGGAACACAGUAGGCAGAUUACUCAAAGCGGAUGCUUGCACAUCAGCGGCUUUAAGGGGUCGUUAUGCUAGGCUUUGCGUAGAGCUAUCUCUAGAUAAACCAGUAAAAUCCAACGUGUGGAUAGGCACUCACCAACAACAAAUCCUCUACGAAGGAGAAAAUCUUCUCUAUAAAAGCUGUGGUCAUCUAGGUCAUACAGCUAGACAGUGCAAUAUCAAGAUACAAAGUCCAGCAACCUCAUCAUCUAAAAACAGUAGCGUAAAGAAACAGAGUGGUCAGGAGCAAGAACAUUUCCCCAAAAAAAGGAAGAAUGGAAGACAGUUAUCUUCAACAAAAAAAAGAAGAACUCUAAUGCUACUAACAGAGUCACAUAUAUAA